AUGGCAAGGAGUAUGGGUAGAGCAGAGUUCAUAAAUUCCAAUUUUUACCAUCUCCCAGAAGAAAUCUUGAUUCAGAUCCUCGUCAGACUGCCGGUAAAAUCACUACUUCGAUUCAAGUCAGUCUGCCAACAUUGGUAUUCUCUAAUCACCGACUCUGCUUUCAUUCAAGUACAUCUCAAAACCUCAAGCCAAAACAGUUACAUCAUCCUCGGAAACUACCAAUAUCAAGCCAAAUACUUGUACUCAAUACAUUAUGAUGAUGAAUCUUUUCGCGAGUAUUAUGAACCCCAGCUUCCCUCACACAUCCUCAAACAAUCUUUAUCGCUGCACGGUUCCUGUAAUGGGCUCAUACCCUUGUCUAAUGUAAGGGGCACCAUAUGCUUAUGGAACCUAGCACUUCGAAAACUAAAAACCCUACCUAAAUCUCUAAUUCUCAACUCCACUUCCAAUUUGGAUCAUAAUUAUAGGAGAACUACCCAUGUAGCAUUUGGGUUCCACCCGGGAGUUAAUGACUACAAGGUAGUCCGGAUUAUAUCCUACAAGAAUGGAUACCUAACUGAAGUUUAUAGUCUAAGCACAGACUCCUGGAGGAGAAUUGAUGUUGCCCCUUCAUGUUUUUUUGUUUGUUGGAAACCUGCAAUUGUGAAUGGAGCUGCAUAUUGGGUUGCAGUGAAGAAAACUGAUGAGGGUUAUUGUUAUCUACUUGUGCGUUUCGAAAUGGGUGAUGAAGUUUUUGAAGAGGUAAUGCUACCAGAUGGUGCUACCAUAAAUCGUGAAUGGAGUUGUCAUUAG